UACCUCAGGACUCAGAGUAGUGCAUGCAGAUCAUUUUACCAGCUGAUUUUAUAUCAGUUGUUCAUGUUAUUUUUCCCAGUAAAAUUAACCUUUCUUGGUUUAAGGCUAAGCUGCGUGUAUAUGCGUCUGCUCAGAGCGGCCCGUACGUUGGCGCUAUGCUCUAGCGCCAAUAUGAGAGUCUUUGUGGCGCGUUGAGCUUCUCCGUGCCAGUCCACAUGCAGGCCAAGAAGCGCUACGUGCUAGCGUUGGCGGCAGCUUGCGCCAUGCUGCUCGCCUACAUCUGCACUCUACACACCACCGAGCUCCAGACGCACAGUGAUGAGCCGCAUUUUCACGCCCUUCUUCAGCAUGCCGAGCAGCCAUACCUGUUUCUGGAGGAAGUGGAACCAGAAGAGUACGGACCGCUGGUGCUGCUGCGCCGUGAGAUCCAGAACAACAUGUACAAGAGCCGCCGCUGUCGCAUGGACACAUGCUUUGACUUCGGUCGGUGUCAGGGUGCCUUCCGCGUCUAUGUGUACCCGCCAGGCACAAGCGCGGUCACGGGAAUUUCCGAGAAUUACCGGAAAGUUCUGGCGGCCAUCGAGGACUCACGGUUCUACACGAGCGAUCCAAGUGAGGCGUGCCUUUUCGUGCUCAGCGUGGACACACUGGACCGGGACAGACUUUCACCACAAUAUGUGCAGGAUGUUAGAACUCAGAUCCAGAACCUUCCACUGUGGAAUGAUGGCAGGAACCACCUGAUCUUUAACCUGUACUCUGGGACGUGGCCCGACUAUGCUGAGGAUUUGGGUUUUGAUGUAGGCCAGGCCAUGUUGGCCAAGGCCAGUGUCGACGUGCAGAACUUCAGGCCCAAUUUUGACGUGUCCAUACCUCUUUUUUCCAAAGACCACCCCCAGAAAGGUGGGGAGAAAGGUUAUUUGACAUCCAACAAUGUCCCGCCUGCACGGAAAUACCUUCUAGUGUUCAAAGGGAAGAGGUAUCUUACAGGAAUUGGUUCAGAAACCAGGAACGCUUUGUAUCACAUACAUAACAGGGAAGAUAUGAUUUUGCUGACCACCUGCAAGCACGGGAAAGACUGGGAGAAGCACAAAGACGCCAGGUGUGACCAGGACAAUGAAGAAUACUCAAAAUUUGAUUACCAGGAGCUGCUACACAAUUCAACUUUCUGCCUGGUGCCUCGUGGCCGGAGACUCGGGUCUUUCCGUUUUCUCGAAGCCCUGCAGGCGGCGUGUAUCCCUGUAUUACUGAGUAACGGAUGGGAGCUGCCUUUCUCUGAGGUCAUCGACUGGAGUAAAGCCGCUAUCAUUGGAGAUGAGAGAUUAUUACUGCAGAUUCCCUCCAUCACCAGGUCUGUCGAUGCAGAGCGAAUCUUGGCUCUGAGACAGCAGACACAGUUCCUGUGGGACUCCUACUUCUCCUCCGUGGAUAAAAUUGUCUUAACCACAUUAGAGAUCAUCCAAGACAGGAUAUACACCUACACCUCAAGAAGCAUGCUGAUGUGGAACUCUCUCCCCGGUGGACUCUACACACUUCCUCGGUUCUCCUCAUAUCCCACCCUUUUCCCCUUUUACUAUGGACUCCUGGGUAAGACUCCUCAGCAGGAGUUCACAGCUGUUAUUCAGGCAGUAGCUCCUCUUCAGUCUCCUCAGCAGCCCAUCCUCAAACUCAUCAUCGCUGUUGCCAAGUCCAAGUUCUGUGCUCAGAUCAUCGUGCUGUGGAACUGUGACAAACCUUCACCUCCUAGAAGCAAAUGGCCGUCCAUCAGCGUCCCUCUGACCGUCAUUGAAGAAGAGAGAAAGACGAUGAGCGGGCGUUUUUUCCCUCAUGAUGUCAUCAGGACGGAUGCCGUGCUCAGCCUGGACGAGGACUCGGUUCUGUCCACGAACGAGGUGGAUUUCGCUUUCAUCGUGUGGCACAGUUUUCCUGAACGGAUAGUCGGAUAUCCGGGACGCAGCCAUUACUGGGACGCCACCAAGGGGAGGUGGGGCUACACGUCCAAGUGGACCAAUGAGUACUCGAUGGUGCUGACGGGCGCCGCCUUCUACCACAGGUACUAUCACUUCCUGUACACUCACUACCUGCCCAGUCGACUCCUCUCCAUGGUGGACCAGCUCGCCAACUGUGAAGACAUUCUCAUGAACUUCCUCGUCUCCACGGUAACCAAGCUGCCGCCAAUCAAAGUCACGCAGAAGAAACAGUACAAGGAGACGAUGAUGCAACAGGGUUCGAAGUCAUCACGUUGGGCCGACCCAGACCACUUCGCUCAGCGGCAGUCCUGCAUGAACUCCUUCGCCGCAUGGUUCGGCUUCAUGCCCCUCGUUCACUCUCAGCUCCGUUUGGAUCCGGUUCUGUUUAAAGACCAGGUCUCCAUCUUACGCAAGAAAUACAGGGACAUCGAGAGACUGUAAAGACGCAUGACUCGUCCUCGGAGCCCUCAUAUCGACGCGAACGUCUCGAAUUUAUGGGCACUUUUUUUAUGAGUGAUGUGCUGAUUGGCCUGGAAUAGAUUGGCCUCACAAAUAUAAUGUCUGCAGAGUCAUUUCAUUUAAAAUAUAUGCAACUCCGAGUUUUAUCUUGUUUAGCGGCUCUGGUCGGGUAUCUGAGAAUCCGGCACCGCCGACUUUUCAUCCUCAUCAUCAUCGUCAUUUGCAGAGACCUCUGUUGCUCCUCGGACACGAUCAGAGGAAGGAAAGAUGGCCUGAAGUCGAGGUCACGGGGAAGACGCCCAAACUCACACCAAUGCCUGCAAUAUGUACAUUCAGUUCCUUUAUUUUUUGUACGAUUUUGCCUUUUUUUUAAAGAAGCCUAAAGUCGAAUAAAAUCUCUGAAUGCCACAGAAGGGACUGCUGAUUAAAUGUGUCUUGGCUCUUGUCUCUGAGGUUAUAAACAAUCUGAUUUUGAUGUCUUAUUUUUCCUGGCAGGUUAAAGUGAAAGGAUUUAUUUUGGGCGCUGUGUUAUAUAAGGUGAUUUACAGUGAGGACUGGUUGGUGAAAUGUUUUCUAUUUGCAGUUAUUCUUACUGUGACUUUCAAAUAUUACUUAGAGGAAUUG